AUGCAUCAGACUACCUGUAUAUACGAUACCGAAAGUGCUUCAGGCCCGCCGGGUGCCUUGUUUUCCUUUGUGCAGAAGAACGUUCAACCAACGGCACGUGACCGUCCGCCUUCCGCCUCGUCAUUUCGUCAAGAUGCUCGAUUUGAUAAUCUCUCGCCGUGGAGUGCUGAGCAAGAUCUCCUGUUCCAAUAUUAUAAAAGCUAUAGACCCCCGAGUGUAUCAGCUGCAAUCCAUUCGCGGCUCGCUGAAUCGUUUCCGCGGCGUGUGAACCGUGCACCCCAAGACUGCGCUUCCUUCGAUCUGUCAGGACCACUCACCAAGGAGACAACACCACACCCACCACCCUCUCGCCACCCUUUCCUCCGCCCACGGUGUAGCCGCGAGGCAGCGACAACACCGCCGCCCAAAAAGCGCACCCGCCGCCGCAUCGACAUCGACAUCGACACUAACCGACCCGGCACUUUGAAGCUGCGGCACCAAGCUCAGCAUAUUCUGACAUUAGGUACGAGGCAUCUACCGCUUUCUUUGCGCGCUCCGCCUGAACUCAUCUGCGAUAUCGCGAGGCAACUGCAACCACUAUCGCGUGACUCCAAGUCAAAGCCGAGGCGGCCACGCGGCACCCCAACUUGCACACCCACGCAUACAGACAAAGCAGCGCGCUCUGACACGACCAUUUGCGCGCGCACAGCUUCGGAUACUGUUAUGGCAGAGCAAGCCACCCACAAUGUGGUAAACACCGAGUCGAGCAGCGGAUCCCCGCUGGUCGACGAGCACAACGCGCACAACCAAUCCACCUCCGCCACCACCGGCACCGCCAAUACCUCGACGACAACUACCCAUUCUUCUCGCAGCGAUCUUCUCGCCCCGACCAAGUCCGCCAACGACCAUGCGACUCCGCUCGCACAGGCAGGGUCAGGCGCAGCCUUAGAUGCCGCGGAACCAAGUGCUGGUGACGCGGCGAACAGGGUCGCGCACGCCUUGGGCGAGAAGCCAGGUCCAGCGCACGGCGAUCUGGCGAAUGGCGUUCACGAUGAAGGAGAUUCGCACGCCGACGACAGAAGCACUGCAGACAUUUCUGUCGAGAUGAGCGCAAACUCAGAUACAGACAACAGCAGAGCAGACGCAGCUGAGAAGGAGCGUUCCCAUCAUGCGCGCACAAACUCAGUCAAGAAGCCGACUGCGUUCAGCAAGGUUACAGCCACCAAGAGCUUCAUGAGCAAGAUCGCUCCGACUGCGCCAACGGCUCCCAAGGUUGGCGAGAAGCGUAAGGAUGCGACUGUACUUUGUGCCACUCCACGCGCUAAUGAGUUAUUAGCAAGCUCGCCUGCUUCGGCAUCACUUCUGAGCAGCAAGCCUUCGCCCUUUUGGUCUUUUUGGGUAGCCAAGACUGGAAAGUCAAUGCUGAAGCCAAGAGUGGCAGGAGAUGGAGCCGGUGGGCCAGAUGCUUCGAAAGUUUGGAACAAGAAUCGUCCAGUUCAGCCGGCUCCUCCACGUCAGUUUACAGACGAAGAGUUGAAGCAGCAAUAUGGAAUACAUCUAGCUACUCGCCUGCAGAGCGACGAGAAUGGCAAGGAUUCAAAGUGGGCAGACAUUGACGAUGAUGAGGAAGAUUGGGCACCUGAAACGGUCGUCUGGAUGGACGGAACUAAGUCUUCGCUCACUGCAUCUGAUCCGCCACCGCCUCCUGCACAAGCACAGAAAGAACAGAAGCCGGCACCACAGCAGCUGCUACAGAAGCCUGCGGAUAGCGCUAAGCCGAUGUUGACGAUGAAGCGCUCCGAGAGAUCCGGUCAACCCAUGCAAAUCUUGAAGCCUGGUGUAGCAGCAGCUCAGGCGAAACAGAACGGUCCAUCAGCUGCCCCCUCCCCUGGUCCUGAGAAGAAGUCAUUGACUGCGAAGAGUCCAGCACCAGCACCACCCGCGAAAUCUCCUUGGGCAGCGGUCCCAAAGCCUGAUGCGGUGUCUCCCAUCAACAUCCCCGUCCAACAGCCACCUCCACGACAGCCGCUGCCGUCUCAGGAUGCUCGUGCAAGCGAGCCGAUGCAAACACCACCUGCGAGAGAAAUUGCGGCAGAUACCUUUGAUCGCUCAUGGAGAGAAGGUGAAGUCGGACAGCGAGAACUUUUCAAUUCAUCGAAUGGACGCUAUGAGCCAGCACCUGAACGCAGAGGCUCAAUGCGCGAACCUGCUUCUCGCAAGCUUGCUGUCCUGCAGCGACCCACUCAGCCUGGCCUCUCGCCCGCCGAGCCAUCGGCAGCCUUCCAAUCUAGGACGAGCGCGCAGAUGGAAGGUAGUUGGGGGAGACGACGAGGAUCUAGUGUCUCCCAAGGCAGUCUGCCUCCCAACCGCCGCAUGUCGAUGAACUCGCGAACAGAACUUGCUGGCACUCCCGAGAUUCCGCAAAAUGACGCACGGUCACCCACUGCAGCUCGAAUUGAGCCCGUCCGGCCUUCUUUCGCGCAGCAAUCCGCGUGGGAUCAGCAGAUGCCAGCCCGUCCGGCCGACAACCAAGUUUCUCCCGCGAUCGAGGAUCAAACUCCUGGCGAGGACCCGGUCAAGGCGCAAGAACGAAUCAUGCGCGAAAAGCGUGAGCUGGCGAAGAAGCGUCGACAAGAGGAAGAAGCCGCUGAAGAAGAGGCCAAACGCGAGCGGUUGAAGGCCAAGCUCGCGGCGCUCGAGAACGCAGGCAAAUCCAAGAAAGAGCGCGACGCCGAAGCUGCUGCUGCUGCCGCCGCGGCGUCUUCAAGCAAAGAAGCAGCGACUGCUGAAAAGCCAGCACAGCCCGCCUCAUCGGUCGCGCCAUCACAGCCCCAACCAGCCAAGCCAGCUGCUGCUUCUGCUGCGACUGCACCAGCUCUAGAACCACAAUCCAUGCCGUCGCCACCGGAACAGCCUCUGCCUGCGCGCGCUGACAAACUGCCUUCGCCUCUGCCACCAAAGCCGCAGCCUGCCAGUGUGCCAGAUCGACAUUUGCCAUCUUCCGAGCAACAGCCGAAGCAAGCGCCCAUCGGUACUCGCCCAUAUCAGGCAGGGCCUGCUCCAUACCAAGCGUCCAGCUCUUCGUAUUCUUCGCCAGGCGAGCGCAAGCCUCAGCCAUUUGGUCGUUCACCAUUGGCAAACAACGACAAAUUCUCGCCAUGGCCAACCUCAGGCUCUGGCGGCAAUGUGUGGGGCACUUCAGGCAUCGGAAACGGCACCUUCGAGAGUUCGAUCAUGCCAAUGUCGCAACAAGGCUCGUCUUUGCCACCACCUCCUGGCAUGGCUCGUGGCAGCAACUCGGCACGCAUUUCUCCUCAAGCUUAUGGCUCUGAGGCGAGAUCUCCAAAUAUGAGCACUCACCAGGUCGCCGAGCAGCAGCGCGCGUUUGCUCCUCCAGGUAUGGAUUCGCGACCAGAUUCGUUCCCGAGUCAGUCGCGUCUCAAUGGCGUAUCACCUGCUCCAGGCGCCGGACGACCUGCUCCCUCGCAUCCGCCGGGGCCAAUCGGACCACCCUCGCGGACGCAGCAAGCCCAACCACCACAGCCACCGCAUCAGGAUCCCAUCUCGGCUUGGAACAGCGCCACGACCAGACUGCCUCAGCAAUACAGAGCUGAUGUGGAAGCUGCUCAACAACGCCGCGCACAAGAAGCUGCGAACCCAGCGCCGCAGCAGCCUCAUAUUGAGCACACGUUCAAGGAGACAUUCAAGAAGACUUCUGCCAAUCAGGGCAGACUUGGCGCUCCACGUCGGUACGAGUCAACGGAAUACACGAUCCAUGAUGGCCAAGGUACGAGGUCGGUGUCUACUCUCAGUCCGGCGCCGCCAGCCACCCAAACGCAGCCACAAGCUCCGCUACCAUCCAUGUCUCCAGCUCAGGAUAGAUGGGCUCGGCCAUCACACGUUGCCAACCCAGUUCGUAUCCCAGACGGCUCACAGAAUCCAGCACAUGGCGGCAUGUCGAGACAGCCUCCAAUCGGCACCCAACCCGCCACUGCUUACCAAGGCAAUGUUAGCGCUCCUCCUGCACCCAUCGCGCCGGCAACCUCAUCAGAGGAGCAGUCGCCGCCUCCUCCCGAGACAGAGAGCCACCCAGUCAAUGAAGGCGAUGCUCAUCACCCACAGGUGAGACUGCCACCACCACAGGCAAAGGUCAAGCUUCCACCAAUGUCCCCAUCGAGCCAGGCUGCACAGCUCCCCCAGCAGAACGGUUCAGUCAUGAUGCCUCAGCGGCCAUACUCGGGCUAUGCUCCGCCAGGCGCUGCUCGACCGAUCGUGAUGAAUCAGGCUUGGCAAGAUCGAUUCAAUGGCUUAUUCAAUCGCACUACGGUCCAGGCAGAGACACCUCCAUCACCGCCCAAGACACCACCCAAGGCUCAUGGGCCAGCUUUGGCCGUGGCUGCUGCUAGUAGAGCACCCAUGGACACGCAGGCUACCGGUGCAACGGUCUCGCUGCCUCAGUCCCAGAAGGCCAAGAGCACUUAUGGCUUCACGAUCGACAACGGCAAGGAGAUCAUCACGAAGCCGACCAUCGACGAAAUGUUCAACGAAGAACUCAGCUUCGGCUCCAUGCCAAAGGUGCGAGUUCCACGCAACGUGCAGUACAACUGUCAACCAUACGGUCCCACUGCAACGAAUAUGCUCACGCUCGGUCCGGCACCGAAGUUCCAGAAGACAGUUGAGGCCAAGUCGAUCGACCGAGAUCCUUAUUUCUGGAAGAACCCGCAAGGCAUCUUUGUUAAGAUUCCAGGCACGAGAUUGAAUAACAAACUUUGUCGUCAUCCUGAAUCGCAACAAGGACAGGGCGUCACUGAUGUUGGCAACCGGAAACCUAGCUACCCAGCCAAGUCUCAUCAAGAUCGCCCGGCCCACGAGCGCCAAAACGAAGAUCGUCGGCCAUCUGGCAGGUUUCACAAGAGUCGCGAGCACGACAAUGCGAACGACAAGCCUCGGGACAAAGUGCAUGACAAGGUCAAAGGUGGCAAGAGCAAUAGCGCACCAGAGUCACCGCGCACUGCCACGCCAGCGAAGGAGUCACAGCCUGAGCCAAGAAAGCCAAGCCUCGCUCAAAUCGAUAGGGCGGUCAAGGAGGCUACUGGCAUGAGUGAUGGCAGCUCAAAGGCACGGAGGAAUUUCAAGCCACGUGGUGCUCGUAAUGCGAGCGGCAAUGCUGCGCAGACCGUGGUCACGCGCGCACCUUCCUACCUAUUGAGACCUAUAGCGACGAGGUCUCCAAGCGUGUUAAUACAAGUGCUGGAAGAACAGCACAACGGCACGGUAUUUUUGACAUUUUUGUGGCAUAAGCAUGAGGCGGACGCUGCUGCGAUGAUAUUCAUUGUCGCUAAUGAGUCUCUUGCGAAUGCCGCACAUCCUUUCAUUUCCAGCUUCUGA